GCUUCAGGUAUCAAAGAUCAUCAACAAUCUCAUUUGACCACCCGGCUUACCCAUAUCUGCCUGCGUCUCUCUCCGCCUCUCUCUCGCUCGCUCGCCUUCCUCGUCCAUCCCUCUGAUUAUAUUAACAUCGAAGAGCUGCUAUAAGCGUCCGGCAUCUUUUUUUUUGCCUCCACUAUUCCCUUUGUCCUCGCCUCUCCGCCCGGGUAUAAUCCUCGAAACACACACGCACAUGCAUCCGCCCAUACAAAAAACCGACGCUGCGACCCCCUCGGCCACGGUUGGCAAACGUUCCGUGUACCUGUAGAAAUAUAGAAAUACCUGUCCUAGUCCUGGCUGUCGCCGUACCAAUGAACGGUACCGCCACCCUCGAACGCUUUGACGAUGUCGCCGACUCUACCGAUUGGCUUCCGACGCCGCUCUCCGGCCUGGCGGGCGUAGAGGCCGCGCUCCGGUGCCAGGUCUGCAAGGAUUUCUACAAGACGCCGAUGCUGACCUCGUGCCACCACACCUUCUGCUCCAUCUGCAUCCGCCGCGCCCUCUCCAGCGACGGGAAGUGCCCCCUGUGCCGCGCCUCCGAGCAGGAGCUGAAGCUGCGGAACAACUGGUCGAUGGAGGAGGUCGUCGCCGCCUUCACCCAGGCCCGCUCGCACGUGCUGCUCUUCGCGCGCAAGACCGACGAUGACGAUGACGACGACGACGACGCCGCUGACUCGGCCAAGAGGAAGCUGGACAAGACCGAGGAAUCGCCUAGUCGGCGCUCGGGCAAGCGACUGCGCUCCUCCACGAGGCCGAGCAAGUCGAGCGGCGUCGAGGUAGCCUCCGAGACGGCGCGUGUGGAGUGUCCCGACUCGGCCGACGAGGACCCGACGUACUGCGAGCCGGACGACGGCCUCGUCGAAUGCCCCAUCUGCCUGCAGCGCAUGAAGGCGAUCCAGGUGGACCGGCACCUGGACACAUCGUGCGCGGGGUCGCCGCUGCCGCGAUCGCUCCGCGGCUCGCCGAGCAAGCCGAGCCGGCCGUCGCGGGCGCCCCCGCCGCCGCAGCCACCGCCGGCGCCGCUCAAGACCCCGGAGCGCCUGCCGGCGGUCAACUACGCGAUGCUCAAGGACGCGGUGCUGCGGCGCAAGCUGGUGGACCUGGGGCUGUCGACGGCGGGGAACCGGCAGGCGCUGGAGCGGCGGCACCGCGAGUGGACGACGAUCUGGAACGCCAACUGCGACUCGCAGCGGCCGCGGCGCAAGGCGGACCUGCUGCACGACCUGGACGCGUGGGAGCGCACGCUGGGCGCGCGCGCGCCCGCCGCCUCCCGCGCCCUCGCCCUCGGCGCCCAGAUCCGCGACAAGGACUUCGACGGCGCCGCCUGGGCCGCCCGCCAUGACGCUUCCUUCCGCGACCUCAUCGCCAGCGCCCGCCGCAACAAGCCCAUGGCCGCCGCCCAGACGAAGGAGACGGAGGCGGAGAAGGAGGGCGGAGCAGCGGGAAGGGAGGGUUUGGAAAUUGGACCCGCGGCACGGAUACGCCACACGCCCGAUAUACCACCGGAACAGGAGCGAUGGGAGGGGGACGACGAGGGCCGGGAUGCCAUCGGCGACCUAACCGGCGACGAUGCCGACAGCACGGCGACGGUGAACGGGGGCAGCACCAGCAAUAGCAGCAGCAGCAGCAGUAGUAGUAGUAGCAGGGGGAAACAACGGGCGAGGGUAGACAUAGACCGGUCUCCGGCCGGGCGGCCGACGGCGAUACCCUGAGAGAUAGAUAGAUAUAGCCAGCCAGCCAGCCGGCUAGUCGUCUUGGGUACGCGGCUGGGCUGGGCUGGGCUGGGCUGUUUGUUCUAACGCGCCGAGGUAUUCUACGUAGGUACAUACAAGCAUGCAUCGAUCCAUCCGUCCGCCCAUUCUGUUGCCAGUUGCUGUGUACAUCUCCAUGGCGUCUUUCAUAUGCCGUUGCAUACCACUAUGCCCGCGGCCUUUCCCCCCCAUCCCGUGCCUUUGUGAUG